AUGGACCAGAGCGAGCCAGCACCAGGGAAACAAGCCACCAGGAGGGCCGAUGACCAUUUCUCGGGCGAGUCCCACCGGAGCACUCUUCAGGAUGCAAGCGAGCAGCCGGCGAUCGGCCCUAGCAAUGACCAAAAUGUUGAUUUGGAGCACUCCAGAGAUGGCCUCAACGACCAUCAGCGGGAAGGCCCACGGCGAGCCGCACCAAGCAGUCAAUACCUCAACAAAGUCGAGCUGUCGCUUCUCUUCAUCGCUCAAGGCCUGACAGCAUCCUUGGUGCUGAUGUACGUCAUGAUCAUCGCUACGGCCAUUCCGUCGAUCACCAAGGCCUUUCAGACAGUCGAAGAUCUUGACUGGUAUAGCACAGCGUACCUAUUCUCACUGUAUGUUAUCACUUUCUUCCUCUCCUUUGAUGGCAAAAGCUUUCGAUCUAUUUCCCCUGAAGGUAAGAGAAGCUUUGCCGCAACAAUUGUUCUCUUGAAGGCAAGGGAACCUCUGCUGACCGUCCCCCAGGCCGUCUACCUCGCGAGCAUAGCGGUUUUCGAAGUUGGCAAUGUGGUGUGCGGCGUCUCCCAGACCAGUGCCACAUUCAUCGUCGGCCGAGCCAUUGCGGGAAUCGGUGCGGCUGGAAUACAGAACGGCAGCCUGGUCAUGCUGACCGCUGCUGCUGCUCCCGAUGUGCGAGGAGCCCUCAUGGGCAUGGGCAUGGGGCUGACCGUGGUCGGAGGCGCGUUUGGCCCCGUCGUGGGCGGCGUCAUCACGCAGCAUCUAGGUUGGCGAUGGUGCAUGUGGAUCUUCCUACCGCCCGGAGGCGCCGCCGCCCUCGUCUUCUUCUUCCUUCGCGUGCCGGAGCAGAGGGUCAAGGAGCCGCCCCUGACCGCAUUGCGAACGAUGCACCACAAACUCGACAUCCCCGGCUUUGCCAUCUUUGUCCCCGCAGUCGUCAUGCUCUUGCUGGCCGUGAGCUGGGGCGGGCAGAGAUAUCCUUGGCGCUCGGCCACCAUCCUCGGCCUGUUCCUCGGCGGAGUGGUCGUUCUCGGGCUGUUCGUGGCGUGGACGUGGCACCGAAAGGACAGAGCCCUCGUCCCGCCGAGCAUACUCAAGAAGCAAGUCGUCUUCUGCGGCUGCGUCGUGGUAUUUCUCCAGAUUGGCGCUUUCGCGACCGUGGGCGACUACCUUCCGCUCUGGUUCCAGUCCGUCAAACAGGCCACGCCGACGAAUAGCGGGCUCAUGCUGUUGCCGGCCAUGGUCACUCAGAUCCUUGCUACGAUUUUCUGCGGUUUUCUUCUCAACAAGCUUGGAUACAUCCCUCCUUGGGCAUUAGCGGGCAAUGUCCUAUCCGCCAUAGGGUCUGGCCUGAUGACUACCUUCACCCCAUCUUCGUCCCAAGGCAAAUGGGUGGGCUACCAGGUCUUGGUUGGUGUCGGGAGAGGUUGGGUGAUUCAAAUGCCCGCGAUCGCGCUGCAGUAUAUACUCUCCGGCGAGGAGAUCGCCAUCGGUACUGCUACGAUUAUGUUUUUUCAGUAUUUUGGCAGCGCGGUCUUUUUAGCCAUUUCGAAAUCGAUCUUCUUGAACGUCCUUGACUCUGCUCUUCACAAGUAUGCCCCCUCGGUAUCUUUCGAGGAGAUAGUCCACGCCGGGGCGACAGAACUACCAAGUCUUGUUCCACCUGAUGAGUACCAGGGAGUCUUGACUGCUUAUAGCGAUGCGUUGGUAUCGACAUUUUGGCUGGCAGCGGCGGCAAGCGUCAUUGCAUUCUUCUUUAGUUUCGGCCUUGGCUGGACAAGGGUGACGGAGCAGAUUGCCAAUCUGUACACAAAGGAUGAGCUGAAUGCUGAGCCGAGUACUGUGCCGAUUGGCGAGACUAAAGCUGACAAAAGGCCAGCUCCGGUGGCAACAGAAAAGCAGCCGCCAAUGGCGGCAUGA